AUGCCUCUUGACAGCUGGCAGGAUGUUCCUGACGGCAGCGUCGGCAAGGCAUCUAUGGAGGUGGAAUUAAAGAUAGCAGGUUUGGUAGAUGAGGGCGAAGGGGAACUGUCGGUACAAAAUUUCUGCCUUCAUAUCGAGCGACAGAUAUUGGGCCUCCCGUAUGUGAACGAAGCGAUGGUGGUUGGCGUGCCCGACAACGAAUUUGGCCAAAGGGUCGCCGCGGUUGUGACAUUGCGGAAGGAUUCGAGUAGCACUAGCACGAGGCCGAACUUGGAUGGUUUGAGGCAGGACUUGCGGUCCGGGCUGGCAGGGUACAAGUUGCCGACUCUUCUUCGAGUGGUCGAGGGAGAACUACUAAAGAACGCCACAGGAAAGUUGGUCAAGAAGGUACUGGGACCGUUAUAUUUCCCUGAAAACGACCAGCAAGACGUGAACGCCCGGGUGUGGAACCCAAGACGACAAAAGAGGGCGGGACUGUGUAAAACCUAG